UGUGUGUGUGUGUGUGUGUUUGUGUGUGUGGUGACAGGGCAGGGGUAUGGUGAUGGGUAGCUGGAGUCUGCAGGCAGCGAGCCAGCUGCCAGGGUAGCAGGUGCCCUGAUGCAGGGUGGUUGCAGGUCGGGAGCUCUAGGAAAGACACCAUGCGGUAGGGGUGGUGAGUAGGAAAAAGGAGCUUCUGGGGCCAGGUGCUCUGGGGGGUCUUCUGAGGAACCCCCCAGUUGCAGGAAGGAGCCAGCAUGGGUUAGUAGGCCGAGGAAGCAGAGGCAGAGGCCUAAUGGGCCCACGAUCUCCCGGGAGGGUCUGCGGUGAUGAUCUGAUAUUUUUUAUCAGUUCUCAGGAAAUAUUUGCUUAGUUAAGAAAGGAGGAAGCAUACUAGUGGAGGGCCAGCCCACAGCAGGUGGAUGCUUCACUGGGCCCCUCAGAUCCAAGAGGCCCAUACCUGCCCAUCUUCAAGCCCUUUUGGGGCUACACGCUGAGACUUGAGCUCACCACUCCUUCGGGCUCCUCUGAGCAGUUGUUGCCUGUGCCUCUGUUUCCUUGUCAGCACUGGGGCUGUUGGUCCCCACUGGACUCGUGUGCUUCCUGGGCUUCCCCUCAGGUCCCAGUACUGUUGUCCCUCUCCAACUUCCUGCCCCUGAACCCCCCCACCCCAGCACGCACUUCCCCUUCCGAACUGACACUGCCUGGCCUUCCUGUCCAGAAAGCCAUGAGAGGACAGACGCCUGGGCAGUGCUCAGCCAGAGUCCCAGGGACAGGGAGGUAGAGGCAGGCUCCCUGGGCCAGCGUGCCCUGUGCCGCCUAGAGGGUGGUGAGAGCUGCUGGUGCCUGGAGAGCAGGGUUCAGGGAAUGUUGGGUCCAGCCUGAGUUCCAGCCUUGUUGAAGCAGCCAGCGCGAGAGCUUCCGGCCGAGGAAGCCCCUCCAGGCACUGACCAUGUCUAUUAUGGACCACAGCCCCACCACAGGUGUGGUCACCGUCAUUGUCAUCCUCAUUGCCAUCGCGGCCCUUGGAGCCUUGAUUCUAGGCUGCUGGUGCUACCUGCGGCUGCAGCGCAUCGGCCAGUCAGAGGACGAGGAGAGCAUUGUGGGCGAUGGCGAGACCAAGGAACCUUUCCUGCUGGUGCAGUACUCAGCCAAGGGACCCUGUGUGGAAAGAAAGGCCAAGCUGAUGACCGCCAACGGCCCAGAAGUACACGGCUGAUAUGAGCUGCAAGGCCCUGAGGGCUGCAGCCAGCCUCGAGGCGCUGGGAGAGAACCAUGGGCAUGUUGCUGUCUAAGCAGAAGGGCUGAUGUUGCUGGCAUGGCCUUGGUGGGCUCCAUCAUCGCAUGCACUGACUCUGGGUCCCGGCCGCCCUAGGCUUCCACUCAGCCUCCUGGUGGGGCUGCCCAUUGCUGGCAGUGGGCAGGCCUGGCCUUGCUGGGGCUCAUGGCCCCUUUGCGCUUUUGUUACUUGAAUGUUUAGCUGAGCCUGUUUUUGAUGGAGCUACUACUGUAACUCGUGAACUAACCAACCUGUGAACUGUAAAUAGGUCCCGGAAGCACGUGCUUAAGCCUCUCUGCUGAUUUUUUACUACCGUGUAGAGCCCAUGGGUUCUGGUCCUCAGGAGGGGCCCAGGCAAAAUACCCUGGGGGGCUUUGGGCUCCUCAAAUCCAGGCUGUACCUGGCAGGAUUGCUGGAGUCUGUCUGUCUGUGUGGAGAGGAAGUGGAAGGUCAGUUCGCGUCUAGUGGCUGGCCAGCUGGGGCGCUUCGGUGAUUUCUGCUUGGUUAGUGAUGGGUAGAAGGAGGACCACGCCCCUCCCUUGCCCCAGAUAGACUUUUUAACAGCAGAGCUGGUGAUGGAGGAAUGAUUGCAAGGACGCUACCACAUGUGCCUGGGAGCUGGUGAAGGACAGUGAGGCACGAGUCCUGAGGCUGCCAGGUGUGGUGGUAGCAGAGCAGUUUCUUGCCCCUUUGGUCUCAAGCAUGCUGAGCACACUUGUAGUGCAGGCUUUGAUGAAUUACUAUCCUUAUGAAAUGCCAAAGGCUGUGACGGCUACUUUUAGUUCGAAACCUGAUUGGCCCAGGAAAGAAAGGUGUUGUUUUUGUUUCUGUAUUUAAUCUUUCCUGCACUGGAGGGGAGGACCCUGGUUCCCCUUCUUCUCUUCCUUUCUCUCCUUAGCUUCUCUUGAUGACCACCCACCUGCUGGGUAGUGGAGCUCACUUUUCUCCACGCAGGCUCUCUGUGGGCAGAGUCCUCAGAUCUGGCUGUAGGGCACCCAUGCCCGUGGGAGGUUGCCACUGUGUGCAUUCACACGGGAGCCCCAGGUGUCCCCUGCCAGUCUGGGUGUGGUACAGCAGUGGGGGCGGGGGUGGGCGGGUUCAGGGCAGGACUGGGUUCUCAUAGAUGAAGAGGUGGCAGAUCCCAGCAAAACCAGCCACGAGGCAUCCCUGUGGGCAGUCAACAAUCUUGCUUGGAUUUUUAAUCCUCCACGGUAAAUCCUCUAAAUGGUCAUGACUAAACCAUGACCUAGGUUGGCAUCCUGGGUAAUGAGCCUGCAUGAGGCCAGCCCGGCUUUACCACUGCUGAGCACUGACCUUUCCCGCUGGAGCUCCCUGCCAGCGCACAGCAUGGGCAGGCUGGGGGCACUUCCUAGAGCCCCUGGGGGAGCCGAAGGGUGCUCUGGCACCACACACCUGAACUUGGGGGGGCGUGUCAGGCAUUAGGUAGCAGGUGGGGUGGAAAGGGGGAGCUAAUGAAGACGGAGCAUGAGGCACCACACGGAUUGCCCUGGUCCCUGACAGUGUGGGCUAGGAGCAGCAGCCAGGCUAGGGGGAACAGAAGCAAAGGCCUGAAGGUUAGGGAAGGUUUGCUCUGCCCCAGAAGAUGUUGAGGCUCACGGUUGGUCCCCAUCCCAGAAUAUACCCUGCAGGCUUUCUACCUCUACUCCCGAAGCCAGCCACAGAACACAGGCUGUUUGUCCUGUCCUAGCUUAACUAUCCAGGAGUGGUGGGAGUCUGACCCUGGAACCAACUAUGUCUGUGGUUCUGCCUGUGCCAGUGAAAUUUCCUUUUGGAAUGCCCACACUUCCCUUUCUCAUCAGUUAAGCUUUUGGAGUUUUCUCCCUCCCCAGAGGCCAGGGCUAUCUAUGUUGGGAGCCAGGGUCAGCCCAUCAGUGUGGGUGGAGCGUUGAGGCACUGGGGGAUGACACUGUGGAAACAGCCUACCGUGACCACACAAUAGCAGUCCUGUUCUUACCAAUGGCUUCAUUUCUAGCAGACAUCAGAGCCACACACUAAUGGCUCAGAGUUAUGACCUCUCUUAGAAUCCAUUCUCAAUAGCCCAACUGUUGCAUUCAAGGUUUCCAACUCAUCAAGAAAUUAACCUUUCAUCCUACGUGUCAUGUCCUAUCAUGUGAGAGCAACUGGAGGGGGCAGGGAGGGACCUGACACUGAGCCACUAUGGACUGACUUCUCCGACUCUUCCCGUGGACUGUGCUACUGUUUUUGUCUCAAGCUACCAAGUUUGUGCAAUAAGUGAAAGGGAGGCUUCCCUGUUCAAUAAAAGCUGAAUGGCAUUCAACUCCA